AACUCAAAUUUUUUCGACGGCGACGAACGACGCGCAGUUAACAGUCACGAGUUGGAUGCGGUCACGAGUCACGAGUCACGAGUCGGCAGAUGGUGGAGAUGGAGAUGGUGUUCAUGUUCGCAUUUGAUUCGAUUCAUUUUCACAUUCAUGUUCAAACUCACACCCAACCCACAUUCACAUUCACACUCACAUUCACAUUCACAUUCACAUUCACAUUCGCCUCGCCAUCCAACAUUCACGUGAUUCCAUACAAAAUUCGUCGUCCACUACGCGUUCCGCACACGAGCAAAAAAUCUAUCGUCAUCGACGACUUGCACUUGCAACUCGCAACUCGCAACUCGCAACUCGCAACUCGCACUUGUACGCCUUCGCUCCACCAUUCACGCGAAACUCGAUCUCAACUCGCACGCACGCACGCACGCACGCACGAAGCUCCAUCGCUCUCCUCUCCUCUCCUCUCCUCUCUUCCGACUGCACGCUUACGCUCGACAGUCGGUGCGACUGCGUACAGCACGCGCACCUUUCACUGCAGCGCUCAGUGUCGGCGCGGGACUGCGAGCGAGAUCAGAGAAGCACUGACACUGUCCAGCCUCAUCGUCAUCGUCGUCGUCCUCAUCGCCAUCGGCCAGUAGCAAAAGCGACGCGCCAUGAAGUACAUUGUCGUCUCUGGUGGUGUCAUCUCCGGCAUCGGCAAGGGCGUCAUCGCCUCGUCGACGGGAUUGCUGCUGAAGAUGCUCGGGUUGAAAGUGACGGCCAUCAAGAUCGAUCCGUACA